AUGUCUACCGUGUUGUCGCAGCCUGGCUCUGCAGAAAAGGCCAUUCGAAAACUGGAUAUCGCUCAGGUCUCGUUGAAUCUACAGGACCGCCUUGGCUUGGCCAAGCUCAAGUAUCAACAUGGCCGAAUCUACGGGUUGAUGAACUCAGCCAGCAGCGACCGCCCGUCAGACUCCUCCUCAGAUGUCUCAAUGAGUCGCUGUGAAACACCCUUGACCUCGCCGCCCCUCGUGGCACCCUACUCGAAGGAACUACCGCGAUCCGCACGCAACAAACAUGCCGUGACCUUCAAUGCCCAUCUGAUGCAACCGACAUGGCCAACCAGUCGCAAACGUGCUCGGGCAGAUUCAGAUACCGAGCGUCCAGCAAAAAACGCACGAGUCUCCUGGAAAAGCUCCCACCAACUACCCGCCUCGUCUCCCGGUCUCAACCACCGUCACAUAUCCCGACGAAUCGCAGCCCCCUUCAUGUCCGAGGCAGCCAUCCCUGAGGAGACUUCCCCCCCAGGUCAGGUCACGUCAGAUGAAGAGAAUGAUCUGGAUCUCCCGGUCCAUAGCUUUCAAACCUCCGCCUCCAUGGUCCGCUCCUCUCCCCCACGCACGCCGCCGCCCAAGCAUGCUCGUACAGUACUGGGGGACCGCCCUUCACACCACGAGAAUGGCGCCGAUCUCUUGCUGUACUUGGCCAAUUCGCCCACCCCAGCCCGAGUGGCACGAGGCUCACAGCAAGCCUUCCCACCAUCCACGCCUCCUAGCCAGCAUGCGAUGCUUCCACAACUCACUCCCAACAUGGGGACACCCGGCCAACAAUUCAAUUUUGCGGAUUUUGUGAAUGUGACUCCCAGUCCAGCUCAGCCCGCUUGGGGUGGCCGUACCCCAGGCAAUCCAGCCCGGACCCCUCUCUCCACCAAGGACGCCCGCAAGCGACUCAAUUUCGAUGCCCUCGUGCCUCCCACCACCUCCAGUCCACGCCUCCGAGCCAAGCAAGCUGGACUCGCUUUACACCUGGGUGGCGAGCUGCAUCCUUAG